AUGUUAUUUAAGGACAAGAUCCAACCCAAAGGCGAUUUUGAUGAAAUACCAGGUUACUAUCCAGGGAAAGCUGUGAACGGCCAUAGGAAGCUGUUCAAGAGGGACCAUAUGGGAAGAAUGGGAAUCUUGCCGUCUUUGUUCUUGGGUCUCAUUUCCCUUUUUUUUGAUAUCCAGACACUGGAAACCUUGAUCUUAGUGAUCUGGUUGUUAGGGCUUUGGAUGCCCUUUUUUGUACACAUGCUGAUUAUUCUAACUUUGCAACAUUACUCAAUGGUCGUUAAGGAGAUCCUUUUUUUCCCAGUUCUAUUGUUCACUUUUCUAUACAACAGGAUGGCUAAAAGGCUUAACAGACGGAUAUACUUCAAACGAAAAGAAAUCGCUAGUGAGUAUCAUAUGAAUGACCCAGAUCUGGCCCGUUUCGUCGAGCUGGACUUUUACGAAGAGCUAGAUAGCCAAGUUUUAAAGGAACUCUUUUGGAACAACCAAAUGAUAGGGGUCUCCUCAGAUUUUCGACGUUUAAAAUACCCUCAUGAAUUAAAGCGAACUUCUCUAGAGGUCAAGAAAAUGUGCUCUGAGGACAUACCUUUGAAAAAUUCGUCAGAACUAAACAUUAAGGCAAAAAGAAAGUCUAAAAGAAGGGAAUCUGAGAAAGAGAAUCUUGGUGCCAAUGAUCCAAGAUACAAAAUUCGAAUAGCCAAUGACGUCACACCCAAAAGAUCCUCAUCUCCCUUGAGAAUUAGAAGGAACCUUUCUACUCUGAUAAACAGAGAAAACCUGACAUCGAAUGAGGUCAAUUCUGAUAGCUCAGUUGAGUCUAUCGACUCGACUAUAUCGGUUCUAGGAACUUCGUCGCCAACCAGGUCUAAAUCCUUUAAUUGGAGAAAAGUCACCGAUCAUGUACCCACUCCAGGAAGAACCCCUGGAAGGUGGAAAACAUACUCAGGAUCUCCUAGAAAAAGAGAUCUUUUCCAAAAUUCAGUGAAAGGUUCUUCAAAGUUUCCCUCAAAACAACAGGAAAUAAACUCAUACAAGAAAUUAUUAACCAAUGGAGUGAGAUUAACAACAGGAACCGCUGGUGCCAAAAUUGGCUCGGAAGCUAGUUCAAUUUUAAAGCAAUCAGCUUCCUCACUUGUGAAUGGAGGAACAGAGAUGGUCGCUGGGCUAGGAUCCCAUGCUGUCAAACUCACUGCUUCUAGUGUGAGUUCACUAGUAAAACCCUGA